GUGAGACGUGUAAUUGGGCCAUGAGUGUAAAAGUUGAAGAGGAGGAUCCUUUGGCGAUACCAUUUCCUUCAGUAAAGACUGAACCUGGGAGUAAUGUGAAUGAACAACUUAUACACGGUACCGAGUCAUUAGCUCAUCAAACUACUGUGAAGAAUCACCAGAGAACACAAUGUGGCGCGUGUCCAUAUUCCUGUAAUGUGUGUAACAAGUCAUUCAAUAAUAAGAAAACCCUGAAGGUACACAGACACAUACAUAGUGAGAUGUGGCCAUUUUCCUGUGGUGUGUGUAAGAUGUUAUUCAGACAGGAGGAUGAUCUGAAGGUACAUCAGUGCAUCCCUACUUCAGCACAGCCAUUUUCUUGUGAACCAUGUAAUAAAUCAUUCAGAUUCCUUAGUGAUCUGAAGAGACAUGAACGCACACAUACUGGGGAACGACCGUUUCCGUGUGAUGUGUGUAAUAAAUCAUUUACCCAUAGCGAUGUUUUGAAGACUCAUCAUCGUGUCCAUACUGGUGAGCGGCCAUUUGUGUGUGAUGUUUGUAUGAAGUCGUUCAGUACACAAAGUAUGCGGAAGAAUCAUCAACGUGUACAUAGUGAGGAGAGACCUUAUGCAUGUGGUUUGUGUAAUAAAUCGUUCAAGAGUGGCGGUAGUAAGAAAAAACAUCAAGAAGUUCAUAAGUGGGAGCAUCAUGUUGGUUAUGAUGUUUUGGAAGUUGUUAAUGUGGUUUGUCACAUUAAGGGAAGAGGAAGUGAACAUUUGGAUGUAUGUGGAGAAGACAGGACGUGUUGAAAGUCACAUGAUGAAGAGCUUGUUCUCAUCAUCAGUUUCAAUUAGAAUUAUCAAGUGAAGUUUGGUGGGAUGGAUGUGUACAGACAUACUGAAAGAUGAACCUGGUUUUUAUAGUGAGUCAUGUGUAACAUCUCAUGAUGGAAAUCAAGCCAUUGAUGUAAAAUUUCGAAAGGACUCAGAUAUAGAAGAGGAUGAUGGUCCUGUUGCAAUAACAUUUCCUGCAUUAAAGCCUGAACAUGAGAACAACCUGAAUGAACAUCACUUCAUUCCUGGUGAUGAGUUUCCAUAUUCCUGUGAUGUUUGUCACAACUCAUUUACUCUUGAAACUACAUUGAAGAGUCAUUUAUGCACACGUAGUUGGGCCCAUCCAUACACCUGUGAUGUGUGUAAUAAAACCUUCAGCAAUAAUGCAGUUCUGAAGGCACAUAAACGUGUACACAGUGGAGAACGGCCAUUUUCAUGUGGAGUGUGCAGUAAAUCAUUCAGGCAGCAAGGAAGUUUGAAGGUGCAUCAACGCGCGCACAGUGGGGAACGUCCAUUUUCCUGUGAUGUUUGUAAAAAGUCAUUCACUAAUAAAAAUGUUCUGAAGAAACAUCAGCGUAUACAUAGUGGGGAGCGGCCUUUUUCCUGUGUUAUGUGUAAUAAGUCAUUCAGUCAGCAAAGUAUUCUGGUGGUACAUCAGCGCUUACAUAGUGGAGAACGGCCAUUUGCCUGUCAUAUGUGUAAUAAGAAAUUUAGGCAGCAGAGUAGUUUCAAGCGCCACCUAAGCAUACAUAGAACAGAGCAGCCAUUUUUCUGUAAAGUGUGUACUAAGUCUUUCAGACAGCAGAGUAAUUUGAAAGCACAUCAGAGUGUACAUAGUGGCAAGCGGCCAUUUUCCUGUGAUGUGUGUAGUAAAUCAUUCAGGCAGCAAAGUACUUUGAAUGUGCAUCAGAGCAUACAUAGCGAGGUGCGAUUAUUUGCUUGUGAUGUGUGCAAUAAAUCAUUCACACGGCAUGGUAGCCUGAAGCUACAUCGAGGUACACACAGUGCAGAGCGUCCAUUUUCCUGUGAUAAGUGUAAUAAAUCUUUCAGGCGGCAUGCUCAUCUGAAGGUACAUCAAACUAUACACAGUGCAGAGCGACCAUUUUCCUGUGAUGUGUGUAAUAAAUCAUUUAGGUUGCAGAGUAAUCUAAAAAUACAUAAGUAUAUACAUUUUGGACGGCUGUUUGCCUGUGAAAUAUGUAAUAAGGCAUUCACUCAUAAGAAAGUGCUGAUGAUACAUCUGCGCAGACAUAAUGGGGAGCUUAAACAUUCCUGUUAUGUAUGUUAUAAGCCUUUUAGUUCUCAGAGUUGUCUGAAAAAACAUCAACGCAUACAUAGUGGGGAGCGUCCAUAUGCUUGUCAUAUAUGUAAUAAAUCAUUCAGAGACCAGAAUUAUCUGAAGAUACAUCAUCGAGUACAUAGUGGUGAGCGGCCAUUUCACUGUGAUAUGUGUGACAAGUCAUUCAGUCAGCAAAGCAGUUUGGUGAUACAUCAGCGAAUACAUAGUGGGGCCCGGCCAUUCUCCUGUGAUAUGUGUAGUAAGUCUUUCAGACAACUGAAUUGUUUGAAGGUACAUCAACGCGUACACAGUGGAGAACGGCCAUUUUCCUGUGGUUUGUGUAAUAAAUCAUUCAGGCAAAAGAGUUAUCUGAAGAUACAUCAACGCACACAUAGUGGAGAGCGGCCAUUUUGUUGUGAUGUAUGUAAUAAAUCAUUCAGCCAGCAAAGUAGUCUCAUGGUACAUCAGCGUUUACAUAGUGGUGAUCAGCCAUUUUCCUGUGAUGUGUGUAAUAAAUCAUUCAGGCAGCUAAAUAAUCUGGUAGUACAUCAUCGCAUUCAUAGUGGGGAGCGACCAUUUUCCUGUCAUGUAUGUAAUAAGUCGUUCAGACAUCAGGGUAGUCUGAAGAAACAUGAAUGCCUAUGUAGUGGGGAGCAGUCAUUUUCUUGUGAUGUAUGUAAUAAAUCAUUCGCACAGCAGAGGAGUCUAAAGAUUCAUCAACACAUGCAUAAGCGGAAAUGUCAAUAUUCCUAAAAUAUUAACAAUCAAGUUUCUUCCGUCAAAUGUGACACUUUUUUAAGUUUUCCACCUCGU